AACUCUCACACAGUCAUGCCAGGAGGUGAAAUGGCGCAGAAACGAAUCAAGCUGGAUUGGGAAGCCUUCUCUUGUUCGUUCUGUCUGGAUCUGCUGAAGGAUCCGGUGACUACUCCCUGUGGACACAGCUACUGCAUGGACUGUAUUAAAGCUCACUGGGAUGGAGAGGAUGAGAAGAAAAUCUACAGCUGUCCUCAGUGCAGGGAGACUUUCCCACCGAGGCCUGUCCUACUGAAAAACACAGUGUUAACAGAUUUAGUGGAGCAACUAAAGAAGAAUGGACUCCAAGCUGCUCCUGCUGAUCACUGCUAUGCUGGACCUGAAGAUGUGGCCUGUGAUGUCUGCACUGGGAGAAAACUGAAAGCACUCAAGUCCUGUCUGGUGUGUCUGGUCUCUUACUGUGAUCAACACCUUCAGCCUCAUUAUAACUCCUCUGCAUUUGAAAAACACAAGCUGGUGGAGCCCUCCAAGAAUCUCCAGGAGAACAUCUGCUCUCGUCAUGAUGAGGUAAUGAAGAUUUUCUGCCGUACUGAUCAGCAGUGUAUCUGUUAUCUCUGCUUAAUGGAUGAACAUAAAGGCCACGACACAGUCUCAGCUGCAGCAGAAAGGACUGAGAGGCAGAAAGAGCUUGAGGGGAGUCAACAAAACAUCCAGCAGAGAAUCCAGGACAGAGAGAAAGAUGUGAAGCUGCUUCAACAGGAGGUGGAGGCUAUCAAUCGCUCUGCUGAUAAAGCAGUGGAAGAUAGUGGGAAGAUCUUCACUGAGCUGAUCCGUCUCAUGGAGAAAAUAAGCGCUGAUGUGAAACAGCAGGUCAGAUCGCAGCAGAAAACUGAAGUGAGUCGAGUCAAAGAGCUUCAGGAGAAGCUGGAGCAGGAGAUCACUGAGCUGAAGAGGAAAGACGCUGAGAUGAAGAAGAUCUCAGACACAGAGGUUCACACCCAGUUUCUAAACAACUACUCCUCACUGUCACCACUCAGUGAAUCUACAGACUCACCCAGCAUCAAUAUCCGUCCUCUGCGCUACUUUGAGGAUGUGACAGCGGCUGUGUCAGAAGCCAGAGAUAAACUACAUGAGGUUCUAAGAGAGACAUGGGCAAACACCUCACUGACUGUGAUUGAAGUGGAUGUUUUAUUGUCAAAUCCACAACGAGAGCCCAAGACCAGAGCUGGCUUCUUAAAAUAUACACGUGAAAUUACACUGGAUCCAAACACAGCUCACACACAGCUGUUAUUAUCUGAGGGGAACAAGAAAGCAACAUUAACGAGAGACCAACAGUCUUAUCCUAGUCACGCAGACAGAUUCUCUGUACAAUUUCAGGUCCUGAGUAGAGAGCAUCUGACUGGACCUUGUUACUGGGAGGUGGAGUGGAGAGGGAAUGGAGUUCAUGUAGCGGUCGCAUACAAGGAUAUCUGUGGAGUGGGGAGCUUGAAUGAAUUUGGACAAAAUAAAAUAUCCUGGGUUUUAAAAUGUGACAGAAAGCGUUACCACUUUUGGUACAACAAAGUUUACACUCCCGUCCCAGGUCCUGUGUCCUCCAGAGUAGGAGUGUACCUGGAUCACAGUGCAGGUACUCUGUCCUUCUACAGCGUCUCUGACGUCAUGACUCUCCUCCACAGAGUCCAGACCACGUUCACUCAGCCGCUCCAUGUUGGACUACAGCUUUAUUAUCGUUUUGGAGACACAGCUGAGUUCUGUAAACUCAAAUAGACAGAAGUCAUUCAAAGGUUAAUUUCUGUGUUUUAACUCUGAAACUUAUUUUGUCUCCAUGUUUGUUGCUGAGAGCUGAUUGUGGUGGCAUUUCUUUACUGCACAGAGAUCAGCUGCCAAUCGGACAUUAUGGGAUGUACUUUGACAUCUUCUCAUUAGUUGUUGUAUAAAUGUUUGAGUUUCUUUAGGUGGCGCUCCUUCCUGUGUCUGUUUAGCCAUGGAGGCUAUCACUGAUGCUCAUGAUGAUGUUAGUUGAUCUGAACUAAAAAUGUUAACUUCUCUGAGCUCUAAAUGUUUGAUG